CAUGCCUGAUCCACAGACAGGGGCCCUCACACUAUGAAUCCUGCCGUGAUUCCUCAGGCCUCGUCUCCGCAGCGUGAAGAUAUGGUCACUGGCAUGGAGCAGAGCUUGAGUCCUGACGUAGAUCAUCGUCGAAGGCCAAGGAACAGACCCACUCAGUCUUGCUUCAACUGUCAUACGUCGAAACGCAAGUGUGACCGCAAACGACCGUGCUCGAGGUGCAUCCAACUAGGAUUGACGGGGCUUUGCGUUUACGAAAUUGAUGAUCCUGCACUGAGAGAUGAUCCAAACAUCAACGAGAUUACUCGGUUGAGAAAUCGCAUUGCUGAGCUCGAAAGCGUACUUCGAGAGAUGCGAGGAAAGCCUCAUCCGCGGUGGGCGGAGACUGGCUACCGUGGAGGAGAUGCCCACGAAAACCGGCAUUCUCGCACGAAGUCAGACAACCAUUAUCAGUCCCAGGACCUUGCAGGAAUCGAGAGAUUUAAAGCGACGGCGCCAGCCCAAGGAAGCCAUCGCGCUGCGGAACUCUCCUACAUCUCUUCCAUGGUCAAGGAGGAGCCAGGUGCCGACUCAGUGCAGAAUUACCUGUACAGCCUUCCGGGCCCUUCGUCAAAAUACCCCCAGCGAUCUCAUUAUCCCACUGACUCCACUGCGUACUUCCACCCUUCUUCCGGCGACUCCCCCGAAACGUACGCGGAAUAUUAUCGUUCUGGUGCACAUGAAGAUCCAGAUGACGAGCAAUCUGCCGAUUUUUACGGCUCUCCGCGUAUCUCUCUCGACUCUGAGGUCCCGUCCUCUACUUGCUCCUGCUUGACGAACCCGACCUUUGUUCGACCUCUUGCCGCGUUCAUGACCCACCUCCAUACGACUUCCCAGUUGCUCCAACAUGCGUCGGGUGACCAUGACCAACAAGAAUGUCUCGUACUUGCACAUAUGAUCGAGCUCGAUGCGAUAAUUCGGAGCGGGAAUUCGAGUCUUGCAGUGGAGUAUGCCCCAAGCCCCGCUUCGGUGGAGAGGGGAGUCAUGUCUCCUGUGUCGACGUUGAGCCAAGAAUCCUGCUCCAGCAUAUCUUCUGAUGGAUGGACGCCUCAAAGCGCGAACCAUGCCUACUUCCAUACCUAUGAACGAGUGGACUAUGACUCUUUUCUCUGAUCCUUUGCAAUGCAAGUCCUGCUAUGAGAUACACGCAAGUCCUGCUACGAGAUACCCGCAAAUCCUGCUACGAGAUACACGCAAGUCCUGCUAUGAGAUAUCCUAUUUAUAUACACCGGUCACAUUAU